AUGACCAUGCAGGGUCAAGGCAACAACGUCCCGCAGAGACACCAGCAGAGCCAGCAGGACAGCGACGAUGAGAGCUACACCGGCAGCUCAGGCUUGUACUCAGAGAUGGUGUCAGAGGAGUCGCCACGCCAGCAGCAGUCGGUUGCCGUUGCGGAGGGUCAAUUGCCCCCCAAGACGGAGCAGGGCAGCCGCACACGCGGCCUACAUCAGACGCCGUCCUCGGUAAAGCGCGGCGAUGCGCAAGGGAUGCAACAAGAGGAGGGCGGUGAGACGGCGCAGAAGAAGGGCCGUGUGGCACGCGGCAAGGCGAAGGUGCGGACUAUGAUGAACACUGCCUUCGAAGCUCCAGUGGCACGAGUGCGGGCCGUGACCGGCAGGGACAGCCAACGCGUGGCUAUUUACGUAUUUUUGUGCAUUUCGUUCUUUCACCUCAUCUUUGUGAUUCUCUCCGCGGCACUGUCACAGAUUGACGUGAUCGGCGGCAGUUGCUACACCUUCUGGGGGUUCAAGCUCAACUGCGACACCGUGAGCUACUCAAUCCGCACAGUUCUCUUCCAAGGCUGCAGUCGGGUGCGCAACAUUUUUCAGGCUGGUUCUGCCUUCUCCAUUAUCUCCGUCCUGACAUCAAUGGCGACGUUGGCAGCAUCGUGGGUGCUGUGCUGCCGCUUCCGCGAAGCCGAUCGCCAUGUUCGCUAUUCGAAAGGUUACGCGAACGCGGAUGAGGUGGACCUUGCACAGGAGCCCAACUAUAACGGCGGUAUGGAGGAUGGCAGUCAGGCACACGCACCCCUCUAUGACGCGGGGGAUCUCAAGAAGGUGAUGAUUGUGAUUGUUGCCUUCAGUCUCGUCUGCGAGCUCAUCCCCUGGGCGCUCAUUGCUGCCAUCCUCACAGAGCGCUAUUGUGACGACAUCUUUGAGUGGUCCACAGCGACAACGUACGGUACGGGCUUUGGACUGGGGCUCACGGCGUGGUUGGCAGAGUUCCUCGCGUACAUCGUGUUCGUUACGGUCGUCUGA